AUGCUUCCGACGUUCAGUACAUGCCGGCCGUUGGCAACUUACCUGCUCUAUGUCUUGCUCCUUUUCUUCGCCGGCACAGUCACGUCAUUGACAGAUCCAGAAUCGAAAGCGCCCCACCAAACCCCCCAAAUCAUUACAGGGUUCUACGGGACCGUGCCGAAGAUAGCGAUACAUGAUGGUCAGGGCAAAGUUUCCUGGACCUGGGACGUGAACACGGGGCUAGGCCUCCUCCCAGCUAGCCUCCAGCGCUGCGUCCAGGGCGGCCAGUCUGCGACUGAAGUCAAGUUUGCUCAUCAGGGGGAGAAGAUUGUGGCAAUCAUGGGCGGUGCUGCUGUUUUGAUCAACCACGCGCCGGGAAAGCAUGACGAUAAAGCGGUUCAGUUUGCUGUCUGUCUCGAGGGCGAAUUGGGAAACGCGCACACUCUCGAGUUGCUACCAGGAAACCUCUUGGCAGUGGCUACUACUGGCCAAGGACCCGACGCCGGGGUUUGGGUGUAUGAUGCAAGCAAGAUGGCUGCUAGUCCGGCCCCCGUCCAGAAGCUGCCGGGUGUGAGGGCUAUUCAUGGGAUGGUCUGGGAACAGCAGAGCCAGACGCUAUGGGCAGCGGGCAACACGGACGCAGCGGAUGGAAGCGGCGGCACUUCGUACGGCGUCAUCCAAGGGUACAAGUUGAACGAGUUUCCCCGGCUUGGCAAAUCUACCACCUACACUAUGUCGGUUGCCAAACAGCUAGGCUCCGAAUGGGACGGAAGCUUUGCCAAGUGGUGGAAUGGUCCGCACGAUCUUGUCCGCGUCCCGUCGGAGCGCCUACUCCUCUUCCCGAUGGACCGCGGCAUGCACGCCAUCAAUCUUUCGACUGGGGAGUUUAACCAUUCCGGGGAGCAGUUGGUGAAGGACCACUUGAAGGGCUUUCAGGCACUGGGCAACCGGAUGGGAUAUGACGGGGAAGUCUUGUCUCGGUCUGACAUAAAAAGCGUCAGUUUGCUUCCAGAGGGCGGUGCGCUCUAUGUCCAGGCCCCAUGGAGGUCGUUGAGCGUGAUCGCGAGGCAAGUCAACCUGUUAAGCCCAACGGGGGUAUAUUCGACUCUCUUUAAUGGCGAGGCACUUUAUCGGUCACGCUGGUUUGCCGAGAUUCCCGGAUGGCCCACGGCUGCCGAGACUGGUCGCAAAUAG